UUGUUUCGGUUCUGGUUGGUCAGAUUAAUCUCGUGUAUUUUAUACCCCUGUUUGAUGUUCAUCUCCUUAUUAAUGUCAUCCACCUGUUCUUGGAUUUUCAUUUCUUUUUCUUUAUGGGAUGAUAAGUGUUCUUCAUGCGUUCAAGCUCUUGAGCUGAUCGGUAACAUUUUCCUGAUCUCCAGCAGUCCCAACUUACCAUGUGAUAUGGUUGCUGAGCAUUGAUUUUGUGCUUUUUGUUGUAUAUGCGUCUUAAGCUUUGAUGAAACCGAGCCGGUGAGGAAAGGCAGGGGGAGAAGCAAGGAUGGACGAAACCGUGCCCACACGAUAUUGGUGCCACAUGUGCUCCCAAGUGGUGAAUCCUGUAAUUGAAGCCGAGAUCAAAUGCCCAUAUUGUCAAGACGGGUUUGUCGAGGAGAUGAGCAGCACCGCCAGGGAUGCUCAGGAGGCUGAUAGCGAGUUCGGGUCUGAUCGGGCCCUCUCACUGUGGGCUCCAAUCCUGCUCGGCAUGAUGGGGAACCCGCAGCGCAGGAGAAGGAUCAGAAGAUUGAGGUUUGAUGAUGAGGAUGAUGAUGAGAACGACGAUAUGCGGUCCCGUUAUGGGGGAGACGAUACAGAAUUUGACCGCGAAAUCGCAUCCAUGAUUCGACGGAGGAGGAGGAGUUCAGCCACGAUCUUGCAGCUGCUGCAGGGCAUACGAGCCGGAAUGGCAUCAGAGUUGGAAAAUCCCGAUGCAGAUCGAGACCGGGAUAGGGAAGGGGAUCGGGAUAGAGAUCGGUUGCUGCUCAUCAAUCCAUUUAAUCAGACCAUCAUCCUUCAGGGCAGUGGUUCGUCCUAUGACUCGACUGACAACUCAAAUCUCGUGGGCUCGCUUGGUGAUUAUUUUAUCGGGCCUGGCUUGGACUUGCUGUUGCAGCACUUAGCAGAGAAUGACCCUAAUCGGUAUGGGACUCCACCGGCCCGGAAGGAGGCAAUCGAGGCAUUGCCCACUGUGGCCGUGAAGGAGACAUCUCAGUGUUCUGUAUGCUUAGAUGACUUAGAGAUGGGGACCGAGGCAAAGGAAAUGCCUUGCAAGCACAAAUUUCAUGGCAAGUGUAUCCUCCCUUGGCUCGAACUCCAUAGCUCCUGCCCUGUCUGCAGGUUCCAGCUGCCUGCAGACGAGACCAAGCUCGAGUCAUCUGAUGGGAAUAGGAAUGGCAAUAGGGAGAGCGAGAGGGAGAGUGGCGUUGGUCUUGAAACCAGCAAUGCAACGGCAGACAGCAGGAACGGAGGCGGUGGGAGGAGGUUCACGAUCCCGUGGCCUUUCACGGGGCUGUUCUCAUCCUCUUCAUCCGGGGGAGGGAACUCAACCACAUCCUCCUCAUCGGCCAACGCCCGUGGCAGUUCUUCCCCGACAGAUGACAACUGAGUGACGGUUUUCUUUUCUUUUCCUUUGAACUAGCUUUCCGCACGCCGUGCGAUUUUCCCCUCGUGUUUGGUCAAAUGUGAUGGGCUGCGCUUCCCAUGUACAUAGAACUACCUAUGUUUAGUGAGUUUCAGAGUCUCCAGUGAACAAAGCGAAUUGCAAAUUCGAUCCCAUUCUGUCGGUGAUUGUACAUUCUAUCAAAUUCGAGCUAGAAUGAAUACUUGCUGGUUGCUGCAGCAUUUACAGGUUGAGAAUCAUGAAUUCCAAAUUAUGCUUAGGAUGUCAGGAGCCAUUGGUUCUUUCAUGUCUCGGAAUACAACAUCAUGAAACAGUGUUUGA